UAUCUCGCUCCCGGUCUGUGCACGGGUUCACGUCGACGGCAGGAGACGGGAUUUCAACUUUCUCUCGGGGGGCACCGCGCCGACAAGACGCGUUCGCUCUCACCAACGCUGCGUGUGCGUCUGUCGAAGGGGAACCGGAUCAGUGCGCGCGGAGAGACCUCGCAGGCUGUCAAUCAACGGAGCGAUUCGUGAGCGCACGCGAGACGUUUUAGGUUAAAGAUAGCAGUGUGUGUGAUCGUGUGUGAUCGUGUGUGUGUGUGUGUGUGGGUGCGGGCUGCGGUGUCGUCAAAGUGACUGCAUAGAUUAAAAAGAAGAAGCUGCGAGCCGACCGCUGGAGACACCUCAGCCCCUCUGACUGCAUCCGAGACGGAGGCAGCCGCGCAGUUGAUACAACACUUUUUUGUGGACGAUACUGGGAGGAACCAAUUUUGGAAAUGCCCGUGGCAACAUCCAGCUCAGACUCGGCCAUGCAUCAGGCCCUGGACACACUGAGUGACAGCACCAGCUCUACAACUGCCAAUGACCUGGACCUCAUCUUCCUCAAAGGCAUCAUGGAGAGCCCCGUGGCCCAUGAGCAAUUUGAGGAACCCAAGCUCGAGGCUGUGAGGGAAAACAACGUAGAGCUGGUCCAGGACAUCCUCAAGGAACUGAACCCGCUCGCACUGAGGAGCCAGGCGGCCGACGAGCUGGCCCGCAUCCUGAAGGAACCGCAUUUCCAGUCCCUCCUGGAGACCCACGAUUCGGUGGCGUCCAAAAACUACGAGACUCCCCCUCCCAGCCCCUGCUCCUUCAUGGACGCGGCUCUCAACAACCAGCCUGUGCCUCCGGACGCAGUGAGGAUGGUUGGGAUUCGUAAGGUGUCCGGCGAGCACCUGGGGGUGACAUUUCGGGUAGAGAGUGGCGAGCUGGUGAUUGCCAGGAUCCUCCAUGGGGGCAUGAUUGACCAGCAAGGUCUGCUCCACGUUGGUGACAUCAUCAAGGAGGUGAACGGCAAAGAGGUGGGCAAUGACCCCAAAGUGCUCCAGGAGAUGCUGAAGGAGGCAAGUGGCAGCGUGGUGCUGAAGAUCCUGCCCAGCUACCAGGAGCCACACACAACAAGACAGGCCUUCGUUAAGUGUCACUUUGACUACGAACCAUCUCAUGACAACCUGAUUCCCUGUAAGGAGGCAGGGCUCAGCUUCAGCAGUGGAGACAUUCUGCAGAUCUUUAACCAGGAGGACCUCAACUGGUGGCAGGCCUGUCACAUAGAGGGAGGCAGUGCAGGUCUAAUUCCAAGCCAGCUCCUCGAGGAGAAGAGGAAAGCGUUUGUGAAGAAAGAUCUGGAGCUCGCUACCACAGGUCCUCUGUGUGCUGGGAUGGGCGGCAAGAAGAAAAAAAAGAUGAUGUAUUUGACCACAAAGAAUGCAGAAUUCGAUCGGCAUGAGCUGCGGAUCUAUGAAGAGGUUGCCAAGGUCCCGCCAUUUAGGAGGAAGACACUGGUUCUGAUUGGUGCACAGGGGGUCGGCCGUCGCAGUCUUAAGAACAAGCUGCUGGUUUCCGAUCCCCAGCGGUAUGGCACCACCAUGCCCUUUACGUCCAGAAAACCAAAGGUGGAUGAGCGGGAUGGCCAGAUGUACUCUUUCAUGAGCCGCAGUGAAAUGGAGUGUGACAUUAAAAGUGGCCGUUUCUUGGAGCAUGGCGAGUACGACGGGAACCUGUACGGGACGAAGAUCAACUCCAUACACGAGGUGAUAGAAACAGCGAAGAUCUGCAUCCUGGACGUCAACCCACAGGCAAUCAAAGUCCUGCGGACAUCAGAGUUCCUGCCUUAUGUUGUAUUCAUUGAAGCCCCAGACAUUGAGGUUCUCAAAGCCAUGAAUCGGUCAGCAAUUGAGACAGGAGUGAUCACAAAACAGUUAACGGACUCUGAACUAAAGAGGACGGUGGACGAGAGUGAGCGCAUCAAGAGAGCCUACGGACAUUAUUUCGACCUCUGCAUCAUAAACGACGGCCUCGAGGCGGCUUUCCGAAGUCUACGGUUGGCACUGGAGAAACUGUCAAUGGAGCAGCAGUGGGUGCCCGUCAGCUGGGUCUUCUGAAAGUCGCAAGAGCCCACCAGCAAGGUGCCAGAGCCGCAGGUCAAAGGUCGUACAGCUAUUUGAAAUCCGCAGGUGCAGAAGGGGCAGUGUCGCAGCAGUCGUCGGUGGUGGAAGUCUGUUGUGAAGGGCUGAGCGCGAACGACCAGCCUCAUGUGGAGCGUUUUUGUACAAACUUAGUGUUCCGCUGUUGAGCUCUAAUGUCAAGUUGUAUUUUAUUUGUCAGAAUUGGGGAAAAAUAUAUUGAUAUUUGCUGAGAAGGAUUUAGAGGUUUAUUGCAAUAGUGUGUGUGUGUGUGUGUGUGUGUGUGUGUGUGUGUGUGUGUGUGUGUGUGUGUGUGUGUGUGUGUGUGUGUGUGUGUGUGUGUGUGUGUGUGUGUGUGUGUGUGUGUGUGUGUGUGUGUGUGUGUGUGUGUGUGUGUGUGUGUGUGUGAGAGUUUUAUCAUAAACGUGGAAAUAGACUUAGAGUAACAGGUAUGUUUUGCAGGCGACAGUGCUCUGUUGGAGUUUCCGAAUUUUAAUUAUUUCAUGUAGUGUAACGUUUACAUCGGAUCAGUAGGGCAAAUUGGUAAGGAAAGAUACCAAAUGUCAUGUUUGUACUAAAUUCUCUUUAUUUCACCAUUGGUCAUAAAGUACGAUUGUAUGCGUCCAGAAAUGUGCUUUAUCUUGUAAGUCACCAACCAUUUGAAAAAUUAACAGCAAUAGAUAAACAAAAACAUAUACGUGCAAUACAUCUACUUAGAAUGAUAUAUAUAUAUAUAUAUAUACAUAUAUAUAUAUAUAUGUAUAUGUAUAUAUAUACAAACACAGUGAGAUCAGAGCCUUUGUUGAGGAAUUUUUUUAUUUAAUCUCGCAGUCUCCGUUUCCUUUUCAAUGUGGGUUAGCACUGUACAUUUCCUGUCUAAAGUUUUUGGUUUGUUUGGCAGCAGCUGGAUCACAGUGUCAAACUACUUCCUGCUUGAUUCUGUUGAGUCGUAUUUGUAGCAAUGACAACACUUAAACCCUAGUAAAAAAAAACAGCAACAAAAAAAAAA